GGCGCUCGCGCUGACUGUGUGACUUUGGAUUUUUAUAAUUUUUAUUUUUUAUUUUUCUUGACUUAAAGCCCGGAGAGAGAGCGGCUAAAACGUGGAGAUACAGCGGCGUCUGUGGAUAGAAUGGCGGACCGGGACCCGGUGCUGCUCACCGCGGAGGUGCGGGCUAAACUGGCCGAGCUGGAGCUGGAGUUAUCGGAAGGUGAUAUCACACAAAAGGGCUAUGAAAAGAAGCGAUCCAAGCUGAUUGGAGCCUACUUCCCACAAUCACCAGGAAUGGAUCAACCCAUAGGACAGGACAGGAGAGCACCAGCAACCCCGUCCUCAUCCUCCCGGUACCGCCGCCGGCGGUUGUCUGGCUCCAGGGAUGAACGUUACCGAUCAGAUGUGCACACAGAGGCUGUGCAAGCGGCACUAGCCAAGCACAAAGAAAGAAAGAUGGCGGUCCCGAUGCCUUCAAAGAGACGAUCGCUGGUGGUCCAGACCUCCAUGGACGCCUACACACCGCCAGACACAUCCUCAGGAUCAGAGGGGGAAGAUCGAGGGGACGGCGAAGACGAGGAUGGGGGCAAUGGUGAAGAUGAGGAUGGAGGAGGUGGUGGAGGAACUCUGUCCAGCCAUGAGGGGAGCAUGAGCAUGAGCCACUGGAUCAGCCGGGCCAUCCACAGCACCUCCUCAACCACCACCACUACCUCCUCUACCGCCUCCUCCUCCUCUUCCUCCACACGCAGCGGGGGGAACGGGGCGGCCGGCGGCCAGCUUGCUGAUGUCUUGGCUCAGCAUAUGCACAUCUCCGCCCACCACCGCCUUCACCACCAACGCCACCGCCACAACAAGACAGAGAACCACUCUGCACCUCCAGACGUCACCAGCUAUACCAACAGCUCCGCUAACACCGAUGCGAUCCAGGUGGAGAGACCGCCGGCCGCAGGAACCACCACCCAGAGGCCGACACCCAAGUACGGCAACGCUGAGCUGAUGGAGACUGGAGAUGGAGUUCCCGUCAGCAGCAGAGUGUCGGCAAAAAUCCAGCAGCUCGUCAACACCCUGAAGAGGCCCAAACGGCCCCCGCUGCGAGAGUUCUUUGUGGACGAUUUCAAGGAGCUACUCGAGGUCCAGCUGCCUGACCCGAACCAGCCGAAGGCAGAGGGGAACCAGAUGGUGGCCAUGCAGGGUGAGCAGCUGGGUGUGGUGACCAACUGGCCUCCAUCUCUGGAAGCAGCCCUGCAGAGGUGGGGCACCAUCUCCCCGAAAGCCCCCUGCCUCACCACCAUGGACACAAAUGGCAAGCCACUCUAUGUCCUCACCUACGGUAAACUGUGGUCCAGAAGUGUGAAGGUGGCCUACAACCUCCUGCACAAACUUGGAACCAAACAGGAACCACUUGUUAGACCCAGAGACCGGGUGGCACUAGUGUUCCCAAACAAUGACCCUGCUGCCUUUAUGACUGCUUUUUAUGGCUGCCUACUGGCUGAUGUCGUCCCUGUGCCAAUUGAAGUCCCACUAACCCGGAAGGAUGCAGGCAGUCAGCAGAUCGGCUUUCUGUUGGGGAGCUGUGGCGUGACGGUGGCUCUGACCAGUGACGUCUGCCAUAAAGGAUUACCCAAGACCCCCACUGGAGAGAUCCUGCAGUUCAAAGGCUGGCCCAAGCUGCUGUGGUUCAUCACAGAAUCCAAAAACCUCUCCAAACCACCCCGAGACUGGUUCCCACAUAUCAGAGACGCCAACCAGGACACGGCCUACAUCGAGUAUAAAACUUGUAAGGACGGCAGUGUCCUCGGCGUGACGGUGACCAGGAUGGCGAUGCUGGCACACUGUCAGGCCCUCACACAGUCCUGCUCCUACACAGAAGCUGAGAUCACAGUGAACGUUUUAGACUUUAAGAAGGACGUGGGAUUGUGGCACGCCAUCCUGACGAGUGUGAUGAAUAUGAUGCAUGUGAUCAGUAUUCCCUACGCCCUGAUGAAGGUCAACCCUCUGUCCUGGAUCCAAAAAGUCUGCCAGUGCAAAGCCAAAGUUGUGUGUGUGAAGUCGAGGGACAUGCACUGGGCGCUGGUGGCCCAUCGGGACCAGCGAGACAUCAACCUGAGCUCCCUGCGCAUGCUGGUGGUGGCCGACGGUUCCAAUCCCUGGUCAAUCUCAUCCUGCGAUGCCUUCCUCAACGUUUUCCAGACUAAAGGUUUGAAGCCGGAGGUCAUCUGUCCGUGUGCCAGCUCCCCCGAGGCUCUCACUGUCGCUAUACGCAGGCCUUUGGAGGAGGGCAGCGCCUCCCCUGGGCGUGGCGUGCUGUCCAUGCAGGGUCUGAGUCACGGCGUGAUCCGGGUUGAUUCGGAGGAGAAGCUGUCGGUUCUCACACUGCAGGACGUUGGAUCGGUCAUGCCUGGAGCUACGAUGUGUGUGGUCAGACUGGAUGGCGUUCCUCAGCUUUGUAAAACUGAUGAAAUUGGAGAGUUGUGCAUUAGUUCUGUUGCCACGGGAACCUCCUACUACGGCCUGACCGGCAUGACCAAGAACACCUUUGAGGUUUUUCCUGUUUCCAGCAGCGGGUCUCCCAUCAGCCAGUUUCCCUUCACCAGAACCGGCCUGCUGGGUUUUAUCGGGCCCGCGGGUCUGAUCUUUGUGGUGGGCAAGAUGGACGGACUGAUGGUGGUUGGUGGGCGGCAGCACAACGCUGAUGACAUCGUGGCCACUGCGCUCGCUGUGGAGCCGAUGAAGUUCGUCUACAGGGGCAGGAUAGUGGUGUUCUCUGUCACAGUGCUUCACGAUGAGAGGAUCGUAGUCGUGGCGGAGCAGCGGCCUGACUCCACUGAGGAGGACAGCUUCCAGUGGAUGAGCCGGGUUCUGCAGGCAAUAGACGGCAUCCACCAGGUGGGGGUGUACUGUCUGGCUCUGGUGCCUUCAAACACACUUCCAAAGACUCCGCUGGGUGGCAUCCACUUGUCAGAGACCAAGCAGCUCUUCCUGGAGGGGGCGCUGCACCCCUGCAACGUGCUCAUGUGUCCGCACACCUGCGUCACUAACCUGCCCAAACCUCGGCAGAAACAACCAGAGAUUGGACCUGCUUCUGUCAUGGUCGGGAACCUGGUGUCGGGGAAGCGGAUCGCACAGGCCAGUGGCCGGGAUCUGGGUCAGAUCGAAGACAAUGAUCAGGCAAGGAAGUUCCUGUUUCUGUCGGAGGUGUUACAGUGGCGAGCUCAGACCACUCCAGACCACAUCCUGUACACGUUACUCAACUCGAGGGGUACAAUAGCCUCCUCCCUGACUUGUGUUCAGCUCCACAAGAGAGCGGAGAAGAUCGCCACCAUGCUGGCUGAGCGGGGCCAUCUGCAGGACGGUGACCACAUUGCACUGGUGUACCCUCCAGGUAUCGACCUCAUCGUGGCGUUUUAUGGUUGCCUUUAUGCUGGUUGUGUGCCGAUCACGGUGCGACCGCCUCACCCUCAGAACAUCGCCACCACACUGCCCACCGUCAAGAUGAUUGUCGAGGUGAGCCGCUCGCUCUGUAUGAUGACGACACAGCUCAUCUCUAAGCUGCUGAGGUCGAAGGACGCCUCAGCCUCUGUGGACGUCCGGACGUGGCCUCCGGUUCUGGAAACAGAUGAUUUGCCAAAGAAGAAACCGCCUCUGCUGUACAAAUCAUCCAACCCCGACACGCUGGCCUACCUGGACUUCAGCGUCUCCACCACCGGGAUGCUAGCUGGAGUCAAGAUGUCUCACACAGCCACCAGUGCCUUCUGCCGCUCCAUUAAGCUGCAGUGUGAACUUUACCCGUCCAGAGAGGUCGCCAUCUGCCUCGACCCGUACUGCGGCCUCGGCUUCGUCCUGUGGUGCCUUUGCAGCGUGUACUCAGGUCACCAGUCCAUCCUGAUCCCUCCGUCCGAGCUGGAGGUCAAUCCCGCUCUGUGGUUGUCCGCUGUCAGUCAGUACAAAGUCCGAGACACCUUCUGCUCGUACAGCGUGAUGGAGCUCUGCACCAAAGGCUUGGGCCUGCAGACGGACUCACUCAAGUCUCGAGGGUUGGACUUGUCUCGGGUCCGGACCUGCGUGGUUGUGGCGGAGGAGCGUCCAAGGAUCGGUCUGACACAGUCCUUUUCCAAACUCUUCAAAGACCUGGGACUCCACCCGCGGGCCGUCAGCACCUCCUUUGGUUGCAGAGUCAACCUGGCCAUCUGCCUGCAGGGCACAUCGGGUCCCGACCCCACGACCGUGUUUGUGGAUAUGAGAGCGUUGCGUCAUGACAGGGUCCGCCUGGUGGAGCGAGGGUCACCACACAGUCUGCCGCUCAUGGAGUCCGGGAAGAUUCUACCGGGGGUCCGAAUUAUCAUCGCCAACCCAGAGACCAAGGGACCAAUGGGAGAGUCGCAUCUGGGCGAGAUCUGGGUACACAGCGGCCACAACACCAGUGGCUACUUCACCGUGUACGGAGACGAGGCACUGCAGUCAGACCAUUUUAACUCCAGGCUCAGCUUCGGAGACACACAAACAGUCUGGGCUCGAACCGGCUACCUGGGCUUUCUCCGUAGGACCGAACUCACUGACGCCAGCGGCGAGCGUCAUGACGCGCUCUACGUGGUUGGUGCCCUGGAGGAGGCUAUGGAGCUAAGGGGGAUGCGGUACCAUCCCAUCGACAUUGAGACAUCGGUCAUCAGGACGCACAAGAGCAUCACAGAGUGUGCGGUGUUCACAUGGACCAACUUGUUGGUGGUGGUUGUGGAGCUGGACGGCUCGGAGCAGGAGGCUCUGGACCUGGUUCCUCUGGUCACUAACGUGGUGCUGGAGGAGCACUACCUCAUCGUGGGUGUCGUGGUCGUGGUCGACAUCGGCGUCAUCCCGAUCAACUCCCGCGGCGAAAAGCAGCGCAUGCAUCUUCGCGACGGCUUCCUGGCUGACCAGCUAGACCCCAUCUAUGUGGCUUACAACAUGUAG